ACUCGUGCGAGGCUGUGCGAGACUUCAGGCAGACAACAACACCAAUGUCCUGGAUGAACCAGGGAUGGACCGACGUAUGUUUGCAAAAUUGUAACUUUUCGUGAGAGAAAAGUUUCGAGGAAGAUGUCGAAGAACAAGAGAAAAUCGGUUGCACCGUGGUUCAAAUGUGAAAAGUGCGAUAGCAUAAUUAAUCAGAAAGACGUUGAACAUCAUGAGGCAACCUGUCCACCAAAGAUUGAUCCAUUUCUCUACCCUUUCAUCACGAAAAACACGAUCUACAGCACCAUAGAGGAACAAAAACCUGAAAGCAAAAACCUAGAGCGCGUCCCAUUGUCAAGACACGCAUUCGUUGUCCAACUGUCUCAACAGGCCAUGCAGCUAUGUCAACUCAGCAUCGGCGACCCUGUGAGCGUAGAGGUCAACGGCACCAGGGUGGCUCGCAACGUCUGGCCCAGCCCUGAGGGCAGCCUCAUGUCCGUGAUCUUUUCACGGUCUGCCCUGGAACUGCUUGGCUGCAAACCAGGAGACGUUGUCACAGUGCAGAACUUGUACUCGCUUCCCCUGCCUGUUGCAGAGGUGGUAGUCAAGUUGGUUGGUCCUGAGAACAGCUUGACAGGGGAGCAGGCCAUGGCUCUUCUGCAGAGACAACACCAGGAAAGAGUUUUCUACGUUAACAACCUGAUUGGACUUAGGUACAUGGGAAUCACCUUGAAAUACAAGGUGGUCAAGGCCACUCCAGUUGGACACCCUCAAUCUCUUGAACAGAAUUUACAAAAUCUGUCUCUCGACAAUAGGGCUGAAAUAGCUCCAUGUUACCGGGUUGUCCCUGAUACAAUUUUCCGGAUGGAAGGCGCCCAUGGUGAAACAAAAAAAUAUGGACCAUUUUUAAAUCAAGUCGGGGGUAUUGAUGAAAUAAUUAAAUGUCUAGAGGAGAUGCUGCUCAAUGUUGUGAGACCUACCAAGCAUCCAGGUUUGUCUCCUGCGAGAGGCGUUCUCCUCCACGGUGCACCAGGAACGGGAAAAACGAUGCUUGCAACCGCAUUGGGGCACAGGCCAAAUAUUUCUUUCGUCCACAUUCAAGCAGCUGAAACUUUUAGCAAAUUUUAUGGAGAGACUGAAACACAGCUCAAAUCGUAUUUCUCCAGCGCUGUCAGAAAAGCUCCAAGCAUAAUUUUCAUUGACGAGGUUGACGUCCUUUGCCCAAAGAAGCAUAGUUCAAGCUCGCAGCAGGAGCAGAGAGUCCUCGCGUCACUCGUGUCAGAAUUGGAUUCUCUGAAGGACAAACGAGUCCUGGUCGUGGCUGCGACAGGCAGGCCUGAUGCAAUCGAUCAGUCACUCAGGAGACCUGGUCGUUUGGACGAAGAAAUUGAACUGCCUGUCCCAAAUCCCACAGCUCGCAAAGACAUAUUGUGCAAACUGCUCGAAAAUGUCCAAACCGACAUCAAAGAGGAAUCAGUAAAGGAAAUUGCUGAUCGAGCCCACGGAUUUGUGGGGGCUGAUUUGAUGUCUUUGUGCACUUAUGCGGUUAACAAAGCGUCCAAACGUCAGUCCACUGUAGUGGAGUUUGCUGACCUAGAAUGGGCUCUGACCCAGGUUACGCCGAGUGCCAUGCGUGAAGUUCUUGUGGAAGUCCCAAAUGUGAAAUGGAGCGACAUCGGUGGCCAAGCCGAACUCAAGCUGAAAUUGAAGCAGGCUGUUAAUUGGCCACUAAUGUAUCCAGAGUCCUUCAUUCGAUUAGGAGUCAACCCACCGAGAGGGGUGUUGAUGUAUGGACCCCCUGGCUGCUCCAAGACGAUGAUUGCCAAGGCACUGGCCACUGAGAGUGGUCUGAAUUUCUUAUCUAUUAAGGGCCCAGAAUUGUUCAGCAAAUGGGUUGGGGAGUCGGAAAAAGCGAUACGCACAGUAUUUCGCAAAGCAAGACAAGUUGCUCCAUCCAUCGUGUUUUUCGACGAGGUGGACGCCCUGUGUGGCAAAAGAGGAGAUUCAGGAAAUGAGAGUGGAAGCAGUGUUCAAGAGAGAGUUUUGGCACAGCUUUUGACUGAGUUAGAUGGCGUCGAAGAGCUCCGGAAUGUCACAGUUGUGGCUGCAACAAACCGCCCUGACAGAAUAGACCAGGCUUUGCUGAGACCUGGGCGCUUGGACAGGAAAAUUUACGUUCCCCUGCCUGAUGCCGAGACUAGGAGAGAAAUCUUUUCUAUUCACAAACGUAAAACCCCUCACUCGAAAGAAGUUGACAUUGAUGAACUAGUAUCCAAGACUGAUGGCUAUUCUGGAGCUGAGGUUAGUGCUGUGUGUCAUGAAGCUGCUCUCGCUGCUCUGCAGGAUGAUAUCAAUGCGACUGAGUUGUGCAUGCACCAUUUUUCCCAGGCUCUGGUCUCAAUUACGCCAAGAACUCCAGCCUCGCUACUUGAUUUGUAUGCCUCUUUCUAAGCGUUAAAAUACUCAAAAAAUGCUAUAUAUUUUAAUAAAUCAGGUUGUUUAAAA